UCUCGAGGCGUAUGGUUGUGUGUCCGCAGGAAAAUUCAUCCAAAUUUCCGGCGCAAGUCGCGCGCUGAUUUCGAUUUAUGUUGCGGCUGCUGCUGCCCCAAAAAUGAAACUUGUGGCAGCCAUGAAGAUUAUGCUCAAGGAUAAAUGAGCCUAGGAGUUUAAAAUUACCAAAAGGCAACUGCUGGAACUCUGCAAAAGUGAAAUGGUCGAAGCGUUUUAAUUGCCUCCGGAAAAAAGGAUUUCCUGCUCUCUAGAAGUGUUUGUGUGUGCGUUCGGGUGAAGUGUGCGCUUGUCGCAGAAGGGCAAAGGACCUCAACAGGCCAAAUCUCCAGCCAGACAAGCCUUUUCGUCUGUCGACAGUCAUCAAAGCGGCUUAAAGUCCCAGUAUCCAAUACGCAGCGUCUAGGCCAAAGCGACGCACUUCCAUACAUCGGCACCUGGUGUGCAACAACAGCAAUUUGCGAGCAAUAGAAACACAAUUAUGGCAAAUUCGAACAAAGCUUCGCCAAAGUUCAUUAGCAACAAUAAUAGAGGAAAUAACUACAAGUGCAGCUGCAGCGCCAGCAUCAGUAGGGGCCACAAAAUGUAAUCGACCAAGGGCGUUUCACUUGAAAAGGGCCCACUCAGCUUGGCAGUGGGCAACGGUCAACGGCGACAGCAACAACCAACUCUGAAUCGCUACAAUCGACAACAAGCGCAAUCACAACAGCAGCACCAUCAAGAAACCAAACAAAAAUACGCAACAUAAAUGAAGUUAACAAUCUGUCAAAUUGCUAAAUUAUUUCUGCUGUUGACAGCCUUCUUCUUUCUCAAUUCCCCCAGCGCAGCCUCUUUAGCCCUCGGCUCGAAUCCCACCUCCUCCUCCUCCUCCUCCUUCUACUCCUCCUACUCCUUCCGCCCAACGGCGGGUGUCCUUGUCCUGCAGGCGGCCAAGACAGGGACAGACUUUGCCACAACGCCAGCGGCGAAAUCAGUUGCGGCUACGCGGACUUCCCCGGCGACAGCAGCAGCAACAUCACUCGGCAGCAAUUCAAUUUGGCCACCAGCAACACAAACAAAGAGUCCACGUAAUGCGCGUGAAGCUGAACGUCAGAAACGUCAAAAGCAACAGCCCACAACCCAACUGCAACAGCAGCAACAGAAGCGCCAGCAGCAGCAGCAACAACGGGGACAACAACGACAACGGCGACAGCAACAACAGCAGCAACAGAAGCGACAGCAACGGCAACAUCAAAAUCAACGACUGGCCGUUUUAAUACCUUCUUCGCUGCACGUUGAUAUGACGCAUGUGCAACAGGGCUUCCAGAAUUUCCUCGACUUUUUCCAACUGCAUUUAUCUAAUGCCAGCGUCGAUUUCCUACGUGAUGUGGAUUUAAGUGGCUUCAUUAAAUUACUCGAGCUGCCCAAAUACACGAGCGUUGUAAAGACUUUAAAUGCGGGCAUUAAUGUAGACACCGACGUGGACGUGGACUUGAACAUGGAUGCGAACAAGGAUCAGGGCGGCAACGGGGCUCGGAAUCGGAAUGGGAAUGGGAAUGCGAAUAUGGACGUUGACCCGCCCAUCCAGCCACGUCAGCAACAUUUGCAGCAGCAAACGCAGGAGGUGGAGCAACAUCGUCAUCGUCAGCAGGACUCCAAAGCGAAGCAGUUGUCGUCGGGCGAGGAGGCCUCCUUAUCCUCCUUAUCGUCCUUAACCGGUGGGAAUGGCGAACAUCGGUGGAACGUUGGCCGCAGCUCCUCGGGUCAGUGUCAUCAGCUGGCUGAGCAGCUGGCCCUCGAUUUCAAUAAGACCGUCGUCCUGUGGCCCUGUCCGCGAAUGAAAAUCUCCAGCAAUUUUCUGCCAUCGUUCGAGGCAAUUUCCCUGGCGGUGCAGAGCAUUUCCACCAAGUUGAACUGGUCGCAAGUUGAUAUCUAUGUCGGCGACGACAAUUGGGGCCUAGGACUGGCCAUCGCAGCCAACCUGCAUGUGCCGUAUCGCAUCGAAAUUGGCAGGACAAUACGUGACCUGCAUUCGCAGGAUAAGCCGGGCAAAGCAAUUAUUAUCACCGCGCCCCUGAACGACGCGAGCACCACUCGGCUGCUGACCAGCAUGGGGGCGGAGUGGGCGCGGCAGGCGCAGGAGGAUGGGGAGGAUGCGGAGGACUCGGCGGGGCCCAGGAGGCGGCACACCAAAAUCCUGCUCAUCGACAUGGCGGCCAGCUCAUUGGAUGUCCAGCACGGGCUCUACAAAUAUUUAACACGGAUCGGCGGGUCGGGGAGGGGCGGCUUCGGGGGCAACACGAGUCCUCCGGCCGGAAUGGUCAGCAGCAAUCUGUUGGUGCUGACUCUGCUGAGCGACCGACAUCGACACUUUCUGAAUGCGGCAGGACUGAUGGCAACAAUGCAGAGUUUCCGCACGCCCCUCGGAAUUGCUGAAACUGGAAACCACACGGAACCACCGCCCACUGGCCAUGGCAACGCCAGCCUGGCCAAACUGCUCCCGUUCCACAACCUCUUCCCGCUCUACGACACGGUUGUGGCCACUGCCACCCAGUCGGACGCCACGGAAGCGAUUCCCAAAUAUGAUUUCGUUGUGCUGGACAUCGUGCGGGACGUCCUGGAGGCCAGUUACAAGUGGCGACCCCUGCUCAUCCUGGAGAGCGUUAAAGGGGCGGGGAGUGGUGCGGGUGGCCAGGGGGGAUCCUACACCACCCACUCCAUACAGCCGGGCUACGACGAGUGGCUGCUGGUCAGCAGCGUCCUUCUGUGGCAGUGCGGAGCCAUCUGCUGGACCAUCGCGGCCAUCUGCGUGGGCCUACUGGUCAUCGUCGUGGCGGGCAUUGUGGCCGCGGGGAUUGCCAUGAGGAAUUACUUCUUACGGAAGCGCCUCUCCAAGGGACCCAACAAAAUCGUCCUUUCCGCCAGCGACUUUGUCUUCCCCGUGGAUUCCCGAAGGGUUGACGAGGGCAUAGAGGCCAUGCUCUGUUGCUGGCUGCAGCAGCUGCAGGAGUUCGGUGGCCCGGAAGUAGAUAAGCCGGAUCUGCUCAAGGGUUCCAUUGGCUCCCUCAAGAACCUGGGGUUCGUGAUUCCCGGUUCAGCUGCUCCGGGUAGCACAGCCGGCGCCAUCACAGCUUCGGUGAAUGGGAAGGGUGUGUCCUCCGCCACGGGCAGCUUGGCCAGGCACAACCCCGCCCAUCUGGACAUGAGGGCGCGCUACAAUGGUGACCUCGUUCAGCUGAAGGAGGUGCACAUGAACGGUUCCGUGGAGCUGCGCACCAAAGCGAUGGAUCUACUCGUAAUGGCCCAUGGCCUGAGGCACGAGAACAUCAACCCCCUCAUUGGCUGGCUAUCCGAUCCCAAUCGCACGGCCAUGGUCUUCGAUUACUGCUCCAGGGGAUCGCUGCAGGACGUUCUAAUCAUGGACGAGAUCAAGCUGGACUGGUCGUUCCGGCUGAGCCUACUCACCGACCUGGUCAGGGGCAUGCGAUACCUGCACACCUCGCCCUUGAGGGUCCACGGGGCCCUGACCUCCAGGAACUGCGUGGUGGAUGCCCGAUGGGUCCUGAAGAUCACCGACUACGGCCUGAACUCGUUUUACGAAUCCCAGGGACUGCCGCCGAGGCCCAGAAGUGCCAAGGAACUGCUGUGGACAGCUCCGGAGCUCCUGCGCAGUAUGAAGCACCACCAGCAGCAGCACCACCACCACCACCAGCACGGACGUACCCAGCUGGGCACCCAGCUCGGAGACGUCUACUCCUUCGGGAUCAUCAUGCAGGAGGUGGUGGUCAGGGGAGAGCCCUACUGCAUGCUCUCCCUGGCCCCGGAGGAAAUAAUAGCCAAGAUCAAGAAGCCUCCGCCGCUGAUACGGCCCUCCGUUUCCAAAGGAGCCGCUCCGCCGGAGGCCAUCAAUAUCAUGCGCCAGUGCUGGGCCGAGCAGCCCGACAUGCGUCCCGACUUCAACUCAGUUUAUGAGCGUUUUAAGAUGCUAAACCAUGGACGCAAGGUGAACUUUGUGGACACCAUGUUCCAAAUGCUCGAGAAGUACUCAAACAACCUGGAGGAGUUGAUUCGGGAACGCACCGAACAACUGGACAUUGAACGAAAGAAGACUGAACAGCUGCUGAAUCGCAUGUUGCCAAGCUCGGUUGCUGAAAAACUGAAGAUGGGCUUGGCCGUCGACCCGGAAGAAUUUUCCGAUGUAACUAUAUACUUUAGCGACAUUGUUGGUUUUACAACAAUCGCCGCCCACUGCAGUCCCGUACAGGUUGUGGAUUUGCUUAACGAUCUCUACACGAUCUUCGAUGCCACGAUCAAUGCCUACAAUGUGUAUAAGGUGGAGACAAUUGGAGAUGCCUACAUGGUGGUGAGCGGGCUACCCGUGAAAAUACCCGAUCAUGCCGAGCAGAUUGCAACCAUGGCCUUGGACCUGCUGCAUCAGAGUGGUCGCUUCAAUGUGAAGCAUCUGCCCGGAGUGCCGCUUCAACUGAGAAUUGGCCUCCACACGGGUCCCUGCUGUGCCGGAGUGGUGGGUCUCACGAUGCCCAGGUACUGUUUAUUUGGCGAUACAGUUAACACGGCAUCGCGAAUGGAGUCAACAGGAUCCUCCUGGCGCAUACAUAUGUCCCAGGAGACAAGGGAUCGACUAGAGGCUCGUGGCGGCUAUGCAAUCGAACAAAGGGGCCUUAUCGACAUUAAGGGCAAGGGCAUGAUGAACACCUUCUGGUUGCUGGGGAAAAAGGGAUUCGAUAAGCCACUGCCGGCACCACCGCCUAUUGGGGAGUCGCACGGCUUGGAUGAGUCCCUGAUCCGCAACUCGAUAACACUGAAGGCCCAGGCCAACAAAUCCCGGACUAGCACGAAUCCUUCCUCCUCGCAGAGCUCCUCGCUGGCUGGGGAAUCAGUGGAGGUGAAGGUCGAGAUAACCCCACCCACCAACGCAGACUUGGGCUCCGGGGCCAAUCUCCCCAACUCGUACUCUCUGGACUCGAAUUCCACCAACACCAUCAGCCCCAACGCCACCCUCUGUCCGGAGUUCCCGGGCAAGACGACGCCCAGCAGUGCGAGUCCGCAGUCGCGUAAGCUCUCCGAACUGACGCCGGAUAACCUUCUCAAUCCGAACAGCUUCAAUCGCCUGCCGAACUCCACGGGAGGAUCCAGCUCCCGCCUGUACAAAAAGAUCGAGGAGAUGAUGGACCUCAGUUCGCCGUACAACCACUACAAAUGCCUCAGCCCCAGCGAGAGUAAUCUCACGCAGUUCUACGAUGGCAAAUACGUGUAUGGCAGUGCGUCGGGCGGAACGGGAGGCGGACAGGUUGGCGGAGGCGCCUGUUCCUCAGCAGCCGGAAGUGGUUGUGGCGGCGGAGCAGCCCGGUUCGACAGCAAGCCCGGCUCCAGUCGCCUGCUGCGUCGGCAGUUCAGCUUGGAUCGCGACGACCAGCAGGCGAAGGGAGAGCAGCAGCACCACCAGCACUCCCUCCAGGCCACCACCUACGCGGCCUUGGUGGGGAGUGGUGGUGGGGGGGUCAAGACCUCCAUGCUAGACAUACCCCUGUUGCACGACACCUCCCGAAGUCCCAAGGGCACGCUGACGCGGGCCCAUAAGCAGAACUCCGCCUCCAUCACCCAGGACCUGGAGAAGAUCGAGGAGAUCCCGCUGUCGCCGGCCUCCUCCCAGCACCACAGUAGCCUGGACAGCAACCUCAACCGCAGUCCGCCCUCGACGCUGGAGGCCCAGUCGCCUCCGCUGCCCCCCUUGAGUCCGCCCCAGCUCUCCGCCCCCACAUCGCCGGCCCCUUCCAGGACCUUGAACGGGAUGUAUGCCCACGGCGGCAAUGGCACCAACGACACCAACGACAGCAGUUCCCACCCCCACGGAGCAGCCAACAACAACAACAACGGCGUCCACCCCGGCCCAGAGCUGACCCUCAAUGUGGAGCAGCUCCUGAGCAGAUAGGGCACAAUCUAAGGCCCCCGUAGAAAGGGCGCCGAUCAAAGCUUUAGGUCUCAUCCGAACCCAGUUUGAAUGUGAGAGUGUGUGAGUGGGCGGGACUUUCGGGACUGGAAAGCGUAUUUGGGAAAUGUGGUCUACAACCCGUGUUCCUCUGGCACAUUCACUUGGGUCAAUACACAUGUUGGCUCUUUCAAUGUGCCCGUGAAACACCUAGAAAGAAAAUAAAUAAUAUUUUCCUGGAAGUUAAGCUCUAAACUUAUAACUGACUAUUUCAUUUUCAAACUAAACUAAAAUAACUUGGUAUUUUUAUUUCAUUUGUUUUAAUUGUUAUACGCGCUACUCGCAAGGAAUUAAUUUUCAAUGAUUUUCUUGCUUUCCAGAUAACUAAUUUCAAAAUAAUUUCAUCAACAUUUAACUGUUACUGUUUUUUGAGUUGGCAAUGUUAUUUAAGGCCUAAGUUAAACUAAUGGUUUUGAAUGAGCUUUAAGUUCUGGAGAAAUAUGGGGUAAAGUUGUCCUCGGAUUACAUUUCCUUUACGAUUAUCGCAAGCCCGCAUUAAAACCGUCUCAACCCAGGAUGCAGUGUGUGUGUAAAUGGUAAUGAUUUACAAAUGUUGUGAUGUGGAAAGCCAAGUACCUCGAUGCAUGCCAGCUAGGUUCCAGCAGCAAAUGAAAGUACAAUUUAGUUGAGCAUUAGUUCAAGAUGUGGCUAGUCCCCGAGUCACUGUCCAUCGUCCAUAGCAAAAAUCAGCGUUACGCCUAAUCGAAUACGUAGACCCUAGAUGCCACCAAAAUUAUACUCAAUUCUAGUUAACAUGAAAUACCAAUGUUUUACUUUAUGUAACUAAGGUAGUAAAAAUAUACAACAAAUUAUUUCAGUUAUGUUGUAAAGUAUCACUUCUACGAAAAUUAUUAUUGUUUAUUAAUAUGUACUUAAUACUUAUUUUUUAACGGAUGUUGAUUUGUAUAUAGUAUAUACUAUAUACCAUAAUCGGUAUAUAAUAUAGUCAAAUCGUUAAAUUAUUUCUGUUCUCAUUUUUUGUUAAAACGGUCUUGUUAUUUAGAUUUGAUUUACAACGUGUUUUUUUAGUUUUUUUAUAAACAUAAGAAAUUUAUAUCUUAAGAUUUUAAACAAACUAAAAAUUCUUUAAAAUGCUCGUAACGUAAAAGUAAAUCCAUUCCCUUAAAAUUACCAACAGUUAUACAAAGACUCAAUCUAAAAAUGUUCAAAUUCAUUCGAAUAAAACAUUUUAUACCAACUCUCAUACAUUUAAAGUGUCUACACACUCUCUAACUGAUCAAGCACUCGGGUUGUUUAUUUUGUUCCACCCGUGUGGUUUUUCAAUUAAACUAAAGGUAGGAUACUAAAGGUAGGUAUCUACGUAGAAAUAUGUGUACAUGAUGUUCCUUUCAAAAACAAAGUAAUAACUAGAACUUAGAUUCCGCGGUAACAUUAGUAAAAACAGCGGACACUUAAUCAUAUUUAUGGAAUAAGCAUCGCAUACGUGAAUUUAGUUUUCUAAAGACAAUCGUUGUUACUUUUAAAUACAAAACAAACUAUAUAAACAAGACGAUUCCCAAUGGAAUCGAAUAUGGUUUGUCUCCAUGUCUAUGAUAUAUGAUAUAUUUUGUAACCGCUCUACGUUAGCCUAGUUGUAUUGUAAUCAGCUCUCAUCCAGUGCGUGUGUGUCGAACAUAAACUAGAAAUAUCUAAAUAAAGGAAAUCAAACUAAAAUAUCAAUUCUAAUAAAAACCUACAUAAAUAUAGAAUAAAGUUUCUAUCUAAAUCCAGCGGAAUGAAAUUCAAAACCAAAUCAACUAAUUAACAAAAAUUUUGUAACCAACCAUAGCUUUAAGAAAAAUCAGAUUACAUCAACAAAAUUCUGAAUUUAAUUUAAUUUUUUAAUUGUUAAUAGCUGCUCAAAUCUACGACAAUUACUAUGUCAAUUAAGCCACGUCCGAACACUACAAAUUCAAAUUCAAUACAAAAAGUAUACUUUCCCUGCGUCGUUCAUUUAUCUGUGAAACCACUUAUUUCCAGUUAAUUAAGACCGCAUUUGUAUAGCUGUCACUUUUUAUUUAAGUUGUUUUGUAAUUCCAAUGUGAAUUUCAUUCUACGCCAGAAUCAACGUAUACAAAUAAAUAAAUACAUAAACAUUCUCAAAAUCCCAUCGCCGCUGUUAUGUGUAAUGUUUUGGACUUAAAAAAUGGAAUUGGACUGGUUAAGAAUAAUGGCAUAAACCUUUCCCUUAGAAAACGUUACUGACUUUAUAAAGAAAAUACAUUUUCGUACAGGACCAUCUUCAUAAAGGGUUUUCCAGAUAAAUGGCGAGAAAUUUAAGGCUAUAGUUAUGGCUUUAAACUUGCAAAUCAACUUACUAGACAAGUAUAUUUGCAUAUAAUAUAAUAUAAUAUCUACCUUAACAAGCAUUCAAUUCGAAAGAUUUUUAAGAUAUAUUUAAAUGCUUAUAUUGCAAGUAACACUUUUUGAUGCGAAACGACAUAAUUGAACAUAAUUUAGCUUAGUCCUAUUUAUCAUUUCAAAUACCAUUCUUUAUAUGAUCGUUUUUUGGCUGUGUUGUAGUUACAAAAUGCCAAUGGAAGCCAACUUCUGAAGCUAUCUUUCAAAAUAAUAGAGUAAAUCGACAGACACACUGCCAGGCUCACGCCGACUCGCCUUGUAAUGCUAGACAGGAAUGCAUAUAUUUAUUUCAUGGGGUCGACGAU